CCAGACGCUCACUCCCUCCUCUCCCAUCUUCUUCCUUCGUUCUUCUUUUCUUGGGCAGACAGACACUGAGUACGGACACAGGAAGAAGAACAAGAAGAAGAAAUCUCCCCAGCUUUUUCGUUUCCUCCACUCCGAAUUAUAUAUCUCUCUCUCGCCAUUUUCAAGCUCCAUUUCUGAUCUUCACGAUUCCUUCCUAGAGUACAUUUCUGGGCAUCAACCUCUGUAUUAAUUACAGGAGACAGGGGAGAAGGGGAUAUGAAGAUGUACGAGGAGACUCCGUGCUUUGGUCCUGACAGCAAUCAUCCCUCGCCCAUGGUGGACUCUGCUAUCGACUUUGCCCAUGGAAGCAGCUCUGAAGAAAAGCAGAGGGAACCCGUCUUGAGACUCCCCGUUGAAACCCAACAAGAAGACGAAGACGAAGACGAGCAUCUCCCUAAUAUCGGCACCCAUUUGUUGCAGGAAAUGACUAACAACCCCUGCGACCACCUCUCGUCUUUGAAUUGGGGCUCUAUCACUGCUGCUGCUGCCUACAAGAUGCCUCGGGUCUUCGAUACUAUUGACAAUGAGGUCCAAGGCUUCGGGGCUCUGCCCAACACCUCGUUCCCUCCCACUCCGGCCAUCUUCAACCACUUCACCCUGCAGCCCCAGUCAGCCCCUCUCCUGUUUCCCAGCACGCGAACGGUUCAUGACCCGACGUUCGAUUUGAAUUCGCCGUUGGGCCUGCAUUGUGCUCCUCCUCUUGCACUGGUGAGGGAGUUGUUCCAGUCCCUGCCGUUGAGUGGUGAAGUGUUGUUUGGUGAUGGAGGAGAACACGAUAUCGCCGGUGAAGGGAGAGAAGAAGGGUUGGUUCAGGUACAGAACGGGGGAGCUUCAGAGCUCAGAGGGGGAAGGAAUGGAACGAAGCAACAGCCCGCCAAUGAGAGGGAGAGGCGGAGCCAUAUGAAAGAGAGGUUCAAUGAUCUGAGGAUGAUGAUUCCCAACUCCACCAAGACUGACAGAGCAUCAGUGGUGGGAGAUAGCAUUGAGUACAUCAAGGAGCUCAAGAGGACCGUCGAUGAGCUCAAACUACUUUUGGACAGGAGGAGAUGCGGAAGGGAGAGGAAGGACGGCAAGAGACAAAGAAUGGAUCAGGACCAGGGGGAUGUGAACAGCUGUAUCACCAACAAGCUUCCGGGUGACCCCAACAUGUCCUAUAGCACUGGCCUGAGGAGCUCUAUGCUCCGGAGGAAAUCAAAAGCCACAGAGGUCGAUGUUCGAAUUGUCGAUGACGAAGUCACGGUCAAACUCGUGCUGCGGAGGAAGAUCAACUGCUUGCUUCAUGUCUCGAGGGUACUUGAUGAGCUUCAGUUGGACCUCCAGCACGUCGCCGGUGGCCAAAUCGGUGACCACUACAGCUUCUUGUUCAACUCUAAGAUCUGUGAAGGGUCUGUUUUCGCGAGCACUAUUGCCGGCAAGCUCAUCGAUGCCGUGGAUGGACACUAUGCUGUGGCUCCACCCGACCAAUAGCAGCUUGGAUUGGACUCAAACAUAGGGGUGGCACAGGUCUCAUUUGGGUUAGAAAGCUACAGACUAGUAGAAGGAAUGAAGAAUUCUUGCUUAUCAUCGGUGGUCACCGGUUGAAGAACAAGUAUUCAAUUCAAUGUUUUCUGAUUGCUGUUUUAGGAACCUUUGCCAACAUCAUACUACGAGCUGACUAAUCUUUGGUCGAACAAUUUCCGUUGUUUUGGUUGAUGGCUCUUACUGUAUAUUCAUGUACGAAACUUCUGCAGCCUUAUGCAGUUCUUACACUAUUAGCCCAGUAAAAGUUGCAAACUAUUGCUAGA